AUGGGCGAAUCUUCUAUUGACGUCACACUUUCAAGUGCAGACGUCCGCUUAGAUAAGUGGCGUGUCCUUCCAGACGCGUCUUGUAGUGACCACCGCCUGAUUGUGUACGAAUUUGCGUCAGGCGUGGCGCGAGGUUCUCAUGGUAAUUUCGUCAACGGUGACUAUAGAUAUAAAACAAAGAAUGCUGAUUGGGACUUCUUUCGUACCUGUUUUGCAUGUCAUGCCAAAGACUUCACUCGUAACGGCCUGUCAGCGGAAGAGAGUGCUGAGAUUCUGUCAGCAACUUUCACUUACUGUGCUGAUGUAGCCAUUGGUCGCGGAUCUAUGACCAAUAUACGCAGAUGUGACUGGUGGAGCGGCUACCUCACUGAACAACGCAAACUGUACCGAAAGUCGCGUAAAACACUUAAUGUUCUUAAGAAACGUCAAAUAACCGGACAUGUGUUUAUUGCUGCUUUGAGUUCCUUUCGAAUCGCACGGUCGCGUUAUAGAGCUGCCAUUGAAAAAUCUAAGGGUAAUUUAUUACGUAAAGUUGUCGAAAAACUGGAUAAGGAGGGCCCGUGGUCUCCUUUAUACCACGAGUUCAAGGCUAAUAGAUCAUUAAACCUCGCAUUUAUACAUAACAUCAAAAUUAAUAACAUACACACCGUUGGGAUCGAGGAGACCACGGAAGCACUUCUAAACGCUCUUAUACCGGAUGACCACCAAAACACCGACGACGAUUAUCACCAGCAAAUAAGAGCAUUCGCUACCGAUGUUCCUACAUCUCCAAUGUCAGACCUUCCAUCUGCUGCCGAGUUUAUCACUGUUGUUGGAUCACUGUCUCUUAAUAAAGCCUCUGGAGAAGACAAAAUCUCUAACAGAGUGAUAAAGGAGGCAUGGAAGGUAUCGGGCGAUUGUAUCUUAACGGUAUUCAACAAAUGUAUUGCUGAAGGCGUUUUCCCUCGUGUAUGGCGUCAGGGCUUUAUUAGAAUUAUCCCGAAAAGUGGCGAUAAGGCGACGGACGACCCUAAAUCUUAUCGACCUAUUACCCUGCUACCAUCUUUGGGUAAAUUACUGGAGCGCCUUAUUGUCCCACGAUUACUGCCGGACGGACCAAAAUUCCACAAAAAUCAAUUCGGAUUUACAAUAGGGAAAUCAACUGUAGACGCGGCAAUCUCGGUUAGGAGACUGGUGCAUUUGUCAGACGAGAACUACGUCUUGGGUGUUUUCUUGGAUAUCUCCGGUGCCUUCGACAACGCAUGGUGGCCAAUGAUACUACUUAAAUUAAAAUCACGCGAACCAGAGGUAAUACAAUUAAAUUAUAAUCCUAAAUUAAAUUUACCUCACAUUAUAAUACCGGAAAUUGACUCUAAAUUUAUGAUAGAUACUGGAAGUAGUAGAUCCUUUAUUAGCCCAGCUAAAGCCGAUAAAUAUUUUGCUAAUUGCACUUAUUAUGAACCAUUUGAAGUACAUAGUACCCACGCGUCUAGUAGACACGAUGAGGUAAUGAUAAUCCCUUUAUUUCCCAUAUUUAAUUCGGAACAAACACACAAAUUCUAUAAAUAUGAUGUAGAUGGAAAAUGUGACGGAUUAAUUGGUAGCGAUUUAUUGAAAAAAUUAGGAUCUAUGAUAGACAUGGAAAAUAAUAUAUUAUACACAAAAAAUACGCAAAUUCCUAUGAUCUAUAACGUACCUACGGAAUUAAUAAUACCACCUAGAUGUGAACAACGCGUAAGGGUCCCAACUAACUUAAAUAAUGGCGACGCUAUAUUAAAUUAUGUAUCUUUUUGCAACGGUGUUAGAAUGCCUAGCGCUUUAGUAAACUGUAUAGACGGUAUUGCAACCACGGUUAUUCAGAACACCUUGGAUAAAGAAGUAUCAAUCGUAAUUACUAAACCCUUUAAAGUAACAAAAUAUAAUAGCGAAAAAAUAGUUCUUAAUACAAUAAAUAAUGACUUAGAGAUAGAUCAAAUAUUAACGGAAAAUUUAAGUAAACUAAGAUUAGAUCACAUGAAUAACGAAGAACGAACGAAAAUACAAAACUUAUGUAAAGAAUAUAAAGAUAUAUUCUAUUCGGAAAAAAUACCGUUAAGUUUUUCAAACGAAGUUAAACAUCACAUCCGGACUGUAAAUGAAGAUCCCAUUUUUAUUAGGCCUUAUAGACAACCACAUGUAAUAAAUGAAGAAAUUAAUAGGCAAGUAGAUAAGAUGCUUAAAGAUAAUAUUAUCAAAGAGUCACACUCUCCAUGGAGUGCCCCUGUACACCUAGUACCAAAAAAACUGGAUGCCACAAACGAAAGAAAAUAUAGGUUAGUAAUAGACUUCCGAAAACUUAAUGAGAUAACAAUAGACGACAAAUAUCCCCUGCCAAACAUUAAUGACUUAUUUGAUAAGCUAGGGAAGAGUUGUUAUUUCUCAACCCUAGAUUUAGCAAGUGGCUAUCAUCAAUUGGAAAUGGCAGAAGAAGAUAAACAGAAAACUGCGUUUAGUACCCAAGCAGGUCAUUAUGAAUUUACUAGGAUGCCGUUCGGAUUAAAGACCGCACCGGCGACAUUCCAACGCGCGAUGGACAACGUAUUACGCGGACUACAGGGUAUACAUUGUUUGGUCUACUUGGAUGAUAUAAUAGUAUAUAGUUCUAGCCUUCAAGAACACAUAGAAAAAUUAAGAAUAAUAUUUGAUAGAUUACGUAAAACCAACCUUAAAGUCCAAUUAUAUCUAAUUGGACUAUUGGAUUUAUAUCUGAUUGGACUUUACGUAUGA